AUGGAUUGGGUUGGGGCAAUACUUGGGUUGCUUGCUCUUGUUUAUGUACUGCAAGCAUGGCUGUCCAAAAGCAAAAACGAGAAGAAGAGAUUGCCUCCUGGUCCAAGAGGGUUUCCACUUUUCGGAAACCUGCACAUGUUAGGGGAGUUCCCUCACCGGGAUCUGCAUCGACUAGCCCAAAAGCAUGGUGACAUCAUGUAUCUGCGCUUAGGCCUUGCUCCUGUUGUUGUUGCCUCAUCCCCUCAGGCUGCUGAGCUGUUUCUCAAAACACAUGACCUUGUUUUUGCAAGUAGGCCACCUCUUCAAGCUGCUGAACAUAUUUCCUAUGGGCAAAGGAAUUUGUCCUUCGGUGCAUAUGGCUCUUAUUGGCGAACCAUGCGUAAGAUGUGCACCCUAGAGUUGCUUAGCAGCCACAAAAUCAAUUCUUUCAAGCCCAUGAGGAAAGAAGAGCUUUCCAUCUUGACUAAGUUUAUUCAAGAGGCUGCUUGUGAUCGUGUUACUGUUGAUCUCAGUGGCAAGGUUGCGUCUCUCACUGCCGACAUGAGCUGCCUGAUGGUGUUUGGGAAGAAGUACAUGGAUAAAGAAUUUGACGAGAGGGGUUUCAAGGCUGUGAUCCAAGAGGGCAUGCAUUUAGCAGCCACCCCAAACUUUGGUGAUUUCAUUCCUUUUAUUGCUCCACUUGACCUCCAGGGGCUAACUAAGCGCAUGAAGGGUGUUAGCAAGGUGUUUGAUGCAUUUUUUGAGAAGAUCAUUGAUGAACAUAUUCAAUCUAAAGAUCAAGAAAGAACUAAGGACUUUGUUGAUGUCAUGCUGGGCUUCAUGGGGUCAGAAGAAUCCGAGUACCGAAUCGAACGCUCCAACAUCAAAGCUAUAAUUUUGGUA